CAGAACCUGUGGUGCCCCGCGGCACAGAGGAGCGACAAGAUGAUCCGCCGGAAGUCCAGCCAAUUCCAGGGACUGAAAAUGCAAUCGGAGCUUGAACAGCACUACGAACUGCGGAGAGAACCCAAGAAAGACCUCAGGUCAUUGGAUGAAUCGGCCACGCGGAUGAGAACAGGUGUGCAUACCGAGUCGGGGACCGUGGCUUCGGUGAAUGCGGAUGAAGAUCCUGCAGCCAACUUGUUCCCGCCGCCACUGCCCCAGCCCCGGAUCUGCAUAUGGAAGUACCUGGACAUCCAUUCCAUGCACAGGCUGGAGAAGACAGCCAACGUUGAGGAGAUGAGGGAGGUGCUGGCCGAGGUGUUGGGACUAGGCUCUCCUGCGCAGAGCCCGCGGGACGCCAUCACCCUGGACCUCUUCUCCCAUGCACUCAUCUUCUGCCGCCAACAAGGCUUCUCCCUGGAGCAGACAUCAACGGCUUGUGCCCUGCUCCAAGAUCUUCACAAGGCCUGUAUUGCAACCCCCUUGGGCAACGUGGAGGAAUGUUACCGCUACUUCACCAGUGUUCUUUUUUGCCACGGAAUCAGGCGGCCCCCCUUCAGUAUCAACCUCUUUAAGGAGGAACAGCUGCUGGCCCUGGCAGAUUAUGUGGUCAACACCUACUUCCGCCACUUCAAGCUCUACAAAUAUGUCUUCACACCCCAGGUGCGGCUGGAUCUAUCUUUGACUUACAUGGGGCUACAGGCACCCGAGCUCUGGCCAAAGGAUGAGACGGAGAAAGAAGAGGGCGAAGAGGUGGAGGAGCAGGCAGUCACCCCAGAUGAGGAGGAACCAGAAACAGUGGUCCAGCCAGAGCCAGAGCCAAGCCAGGUCUCUGUCCUCCGGGCCUACAUCAAGACCCAGAUGAACAAGGAACUGGAGCAGCUCCAAAAACUGGUGGAGGAACAGCUCAAGGCCAGUGAGGAAAGGCUCGGCAGCAAGCUGACCGCACUUGAGCGGCCCCUCCGGUUACCUCCAGGCAAAGGCAAGAACAAGACCAAGUGAGCCCCAGCGUCUUCCCCAAUAAAGGUCUGGACUAAAGUGGCCCUACCCCGCCCCCCUCCUGAGCACCUUCUGGGCUUCCCUGCUGAAGCCAGGCACCAGACACAGGACGCUGGUUCUCCCUGACGUGUAGCAGAUUUUAUUGCAUACGUGGCACAGGCAGCAUGGAUAAGGCCAGGCAUGGCACUCUGGGUGGCUCUCUUCCACCUCAGCUC